AGCUAGUUGAAGUAAAUAAUUUAUAGAAGUAGAAGAAGGCGAUGGGAUUCUAUCAAAUGGAUAGCCAAAAAGCAACAAGGAUCUUCGGAAUAUCGAUGUUGGUAUCUUUGGCCAUAUCAGUAUCUGCUGCAAAUGAGUGCUCAACAGUGAGAGCAUUCGUCUCAACUUGCCAUCCAUUCGUCACGUACGGUACACCUGACCCCUUUCCUGGAUCACCAUGCUGUGAUGCCAUGAUGAGCCUCAACGCCAUUGCUGACUCUGCCGAUGAUCGAAGAGUAAUAUGUGGAUGCAUGAUGGACCUCAUUACCACCUUCAAUCCCAAUGCCACUGCUAUUGCUACCUUGCCGGGCCUUUGUGGGGUCUCUUUGGGCUUCACAAUCGACCCAGAUACUGACUGUAGCUUCAUAUCUUGAUUUGGGGUUACAAGAAAUGAAGUUGAAUUGUAGAAGAUACGGAAGAGAGGAUCAAAUAAGAAGGCUGUCUUCAGCUGGCAUAGAAGAGGAGAGGAGGGGGUGUAUUCAUGUUGUCUGUUAACGAUACAAAUAAGUGAUGAUUGUGAGCAUUAUGUACCUAGAUCUAGGUAAUGCUUGUACAAGUAUGUGGAUUUUAUG